AUGAAAAAAUUCUGUAGUUAUUUGUUUAAAGUUCGGAGUAUGAAAAAAAAUUCAAAAACAAAAGCAUUUUGUUUAGUUGGUAUAGGAUUGCUAUAAAUUUACUGUGGUGUUUUUAGUUUGUAAAAUUUGAGAUUAUUUUAAGAGAAAUGGAAUAUAGGGAAUAAGAAGAUUAGAAUUAAAGAUAAGGUAGAGUGGAUGAGUAUUUAUAAAUCCCAACUUACAUAGAUGUUGAGAAAUUGUGUCAACAAAGUACAAUAAUAUUAACAACGAUAUUAAUCAUGGGAUUUUGUUUUCCAUUAACAUAUUUCAUUUUAGGAGUGAUGAGUAACAAAAAAGAAAGAAAUGAGAAAAAUCAAUCGACUUGUUUAAAAGUAAAAAUUAAUGUUUGCAUAUAGCUUUAUACUUAAUUAAUCGAUAUAUAUUACUGGUGUUUAUUCUAACCAUUAAUUUAAGCUCAACUAGAAGUUAUACUACUAAAUAAUUAAAUUUUGAAUUGGGAUUAAAUGUUAGAAGAAAAUUAUACGAAUGUUGCUUUGUUAUUUGCACUAUCGUUAUUUGGGUUAUUUGUAAAUACAAUAAUGAUUAUUUCAAUAUUGCUAUUUUUUUAUUAAAAUAUCAACUUUAGAAUAGAUUUCUUAAGUUGCAGUAAUAAAUAGAUAAUGUUGAAUAUUUGUAUAUUGAAAAUAAUAAUAGCUAUAUUCAAUAGUAUUCAUAUUUAAUCUACUUCUCAUUAUGUAAAAUAAUUAAGAAAUAUUAGGUAUCAUAUUUGGUUAUUUUAAUAUUAUUUGUUUUAAAAUUAUUGGAAAACUAAUUUUUUGGAAAGGAGAGGCCAUCAUUUUAUUAUUAUAGGUUAAAUUAAUUUUAUUAACAUUUAAUGUUUAGUUUAUUGGGUGUUUUGUUAAUAUUUUUAAUAGAACUAUUGGUUUUACAUUUAAAUUAUGAAGUUAAUGAUUUCUUAUGCAUAAUCAUAGUAAUAAUAUUUUUGAAUAUUUUGGGAAACAUUUUCUAAAAUAAAAUAAUAUUGUUUUAUUUAAUGUAAGAUAGAAUAUCAAGUUAAUUAAUUUUGAAUAAAAUUUAUUAUUUAUAUUAAUUAAAUACUUCAUCAGUAGAUAAGAAAUAUAUAAUAAUAGGAUUAAUAGAGAAACAUUUAAAAAAAGGAUGUAUUUCUAAAUUGGAAAGGAAAUAAUAGAAUUUAGAUUAAUAAAGUGAUCCUUUAAUUGAUAAUAAUUCAAUAGGAUAUUGUUAUUGUUAAUAACAUUAAUUUUAUGAUGCUAGAAGAAAAGUAUUUGUAAAUAGUUAAAAAUCAAAAGUAUAAUAAAAUUAUAAAUCAUUCUUCAGAUUUGAGAUUUAAUCAUUAUAUGAACAAUGUUUAAUUUAGAAUAAAGAUAAUCAUUAUAUAAGAUUUUUAUAUGCUAGACAUUUAUUUUUUUCAAUUUAAAAUAAAUCAUAAGCUUUAUUGUAAAUGUCAAUUUUAAAAUAAAAAUUUAAAAAAUUAUCUUUUUUUGAGAAAAUAGAUUUUCAUUUAUUAUUAAUGAUGAUGGAAAAUAAAAUAAAGAUUUAGAAUUCAAAUAGCUAUCGUAAUUAUCUAGAUUUUGAAUAUGUAAUAGAGAUAGAAAUGAUUGUAAAGAAAAUAAAAAUUAAGAUAGUUGAUUUAAUUUAAAAUUAUUUGAAAUAUUGGAAUACAAUUAAUUUAGAAAAGAUUGAUGAAUCUGAUUUACUUAAAUUAGAUAAUAAGAUAUAAAUUGGAAUAUAUGAAUGUGAAAAAUUAUGGUCAAAAAUUAAUCAUUAUAAUAAAAACUUUGAUAUUUAAUAAAAUGAAAUUAAAUAUUUAAGUAAAAAACCAUAAUGGGAAUUAUUAUAUUUAUGGUAUAAGAGAUAUAUUCUAAAUUAAAAGAUGAAAGGUUAAGUUAUUGAUUAUAAUGUAACUAAUCAUUUUUAAUCAAAUUAUUGUGAUGAGGAUUCUGAUUCUGAUUAUGAAAAUCAUUUUUUACAAGCUUUUGAUCCUAAGAAAGUUUUUCAUUCCAUGACAUCUAUUAUAUUUGCCAAAGAAAAUGGAAAUAUUGUUAAAUUUAAUGAAUAUUCAAAAUAAAUCUUUGGAGUAUAAGGAUUAAUUAAUAUUAAUUAAAUUAUUCCUAAUUCAAUGAUUAGAAAUCAUAUGUUAAGAGUAAAAGAAUUUGUAGAAAAAGGAAAGACAAGUUCUUUAUAUACCAGAAAAAAAGUACUUAUUUAACAUCAUAAUUCAUAUCUUAUUCCUGCAAAUAAAUACUUAAAAAUAUCUAUUAACUAAUUUAUGUUAUUAGAAUUUAUAGUAAUGAUUAGACCAAUUUAACAUGAAUCAUCAGGCAAUUAUUUAGUUAUUAAUGAAGAUUGGGAAAUAGUUUAAGCAACUAAAUAAUUAAAAAAUAUGUUUGAAUAAUAAUUUAAUUUAUUAUUAAGUUGUCCUAAACUAUUAUUAUAUUCUCAAUAUUAAACUCUAUUAGAAAAAGAUGAUUAUUAGUUAUUUCAAAUUUAAACCAAUAAACAUUAUGCUCUUUCAAAAUAAUAAACAACUUAGAGUGAUUUAUAAAGUAUCAUUUUUGAUAUCAUUAGGAUAAAAGAGCAUGCUAAAUGAUAAUGUAUUUGAUGAAGUAGAUUAAGAUAAACAAUUUACUGAACAAUUUAUUAAAGAACAUGAAGAUGAUUUAGAUGAAAGAUAACGAUUAUUGAAUUCUAAUCUUUAAAAUUAAAAUGAACAAUAUUUUUAAAUUUUGAUUAGAAUUCCAAUGUUAUAUUAGAGAAUGUAAGCAGAAUAUUUCAACUUAAUUAUUAAUGCUGAUAAGGAGAAUUUUUAUGAUUAUCCAGAAGAUUCUAUUAUGAAAAAAUAAAGUAUUAUUAUUAGAAAUGGAAGAAAGAAAAUUGUAUUUAAUUUUAAAAUUUUAGUUGAAAAAAUCAACUUUUUAAAAAAAAUCCGUUUAGUAUCAUAAUUAGAAGUUUAUAGUAUAUAUUUUUCAUUAUUAAGGGUAUCUUUAUCGUAAAUAUUUUUGUAAAGCAGAUCAAUUAAAAAAAGUAAUUAGAGUAGAUGCAAAAAUUAAAUUAGAAAAAAAUCAAUUAAUUGAUAAAAUAUAAAUAAUCAAGAUCAAUAGAUUUGAAACUUUUAAUAAUAUUAAAUCUAAACGUUAAUCUAUGUUACUUAAAGGUGAUGUAAAUAGAAAAACUCUUAGAAUACAAUUAUAACCAAAAUAAUAAUAAUUUUAAAAUUCAAUUUCCUUAAAAUAUACCAAUAUGCCAUCUAAUAAAGAUAUUAAAACUACUCAAAAUGAAAACUUAUCAGUUAAUCCUUUUAAAUACUUAAUAAAUGAAAGUCAAAUCAAAAAUGAUUUUAAUGAUUCAAUUACUUAAGAAAUUUCAAUUAAACCUGAUUAAAAUUUAUUUAUAAAAGAAGAUCAUAACAAAAUCAAAAAGCAUCUAAAUAAAAUUAAUUAUUUUAAAUGGACAAAUAGAUAUUUCAUGGUUGGUAUGAUAUUUCUUACUAUGUUAUCAUUUUCUUAUGGACCUAAUGUUAGUUACAAUGAUUUAUAUCUUUUAAAAGUAAUUAAUAUUAUAAUCAUUAGGCGAAUUCAAGUUAUACAACAGUACUUGUUGCCUAAGAAAUUUCAGCAGUUUAUAAUCAGUUAAUUGAUAUAGCCCUUUGUAAUAAAAAUACUACAUUAUGCUCUAAUAUAAUUUCAUAUACAAAUAUAAAUGAUAAAUAAGAUCUAUUUGAAUAGAAAAUUAAGUUUGAUAUAUCUAAUGUUAAUUAGAGUUUCAACUAAUUUUAUAUAAGUAGAUUCAAUAUAAAAACCAUUUAUUCAACUAUUUUAAUUGAACAUGAUCAUGAAGUUCAUUAAUAGAAUUUAUUAGAAGAUAUAAAAAAUUUUUAAGUUUUAUUGUAAUAGUUUAUUAUUUCAAAUUUAUCAGAAAUUACUUUUGAAUUUGAAUAUUAUUAGAUUCUACAAUAAGAUUUAAUGCCAGGAUUAUAUGAAAGUUUAAGUUAAAUACAAGUUUAAUUGCUUGAUUAAAUAUAUUUAGAAUUUGAUUUUAGAUCGUUAUUUUUUUUGGUUGAUAUGAUAUCUGGCUUUAUGUUUUUAGGGACAUUAAUGGCUAUUAAUUUCUUUAAUGUAUUUAAAAUAAUAGAUUAUUAUCAAACAAUGUACAGUUAAAUUUAGUAUUUUGAUUAGUCUACAAUUGAGAGUGUAAUAAAAUAUUAUUAAAAACUUAGAUAAUGUUUUAAUUAUUUUAAUGAUAUAUAGACAUAUCAAACAAAUAGUAUUAAUAUAUAAUAUAUUAAAUAUUAGAUUAUAUUUCAUUUCAAUCAGAAGGAUUAAUAAAAGCUGAUGUAGAUUAUAAGAUGACAAUGGCUUUAAAAACUACUAAAUUUAUAGUUUCUGAUUAUUGGUUUAAAUUAAAAUUAAGAUUGAUGUUUUUAUACUUUAUAUUUAUGUUCCUUUUGAUUGUGAUGGCUUUAACUUACAAUAUUUAUAUGCAAAAGUAUGCAUAUGAACUAAAAAUUGAAUUAUCUUAGAAUCCUUUUCUUUUUGAAAAUACAAGUCCUUGGGCAUUUACAUUUUCUAAAGAACUUUAUAUUGAAACCUUUUAUGAUAUUCAUAAUAUAAUAACAGAAGAAUAUGAAGAAUACUUAGAAUAAUUUGUUAUAGAUUCUUUGGAUACAUAUUCUAAUAGAUUUGAAUCAAAAUAAUCUUCGAUUGAUGAUUACUUUUAUUCUGAUAUUUGCAAAUAACUUAAUUUAUAUAAUUUAAGUGAUUGUUAGAAUAUUGCAGAUGGUAUAUUAAAAAGAGGUUUAUAACAAACUUAUUAUUUAAUGGCCACUCUUUUUGAGAGUUAACUUGAUGAAAGCAAAACAAAGUUUACAGAGAUAUCUUUUGAUUCAAUCUAUAAUUUAAAUUUAGUAUUUAUAAAUAUUUAUUAGUUAUAACCCUAUAUAUUUGAAAGUAGAAAAUAAAUGUGGACAAUUUGGAUUAAUAAUUUCUAAGAUAUAUUUUCUUAUUAUGUAAUUACAGAAACAUAAUUAAUGUAAAUUAUUAAAUUAUAAAUAGAAUAUGUUUUUAUAUAUUUUCCUUUUUGAUUUACAUAACUACUUUAGAACUUUAUUAUGAAUAAUAAUUAAGACUUGAUUAUUAAAAAGCAAGAAGCUAUUAUAAAAGAUAUUUCCCAAAUAAUAUUUUGAAUGAAUAAAAGAGAAUAAAAGCAAUCCUUAAAAAAUUAUCUCUUAUUGGUUGA